GACAGCGGGCAGCAGCUGCUGAGAUACCGAGACAUGGCGGAGCGUACAGUUUGAGUAGGUAACGCCAGAAGAGUUGCGCUACUUGUGCUCACACGAGUCGCACAUCGCCAAAUAAAUGGCAGGGAAGAAACUCUAGACGCAGACCAGCGUGCAUUCCCCGAAAAUGGACGAAGUUGCCUUGCGUAAGUGAUCCGGAGACAUGUAUCGCUGUUUAGUGCAGUCAACAGCCUUGGGCGACAAACAUGGCUUCUGUGCCUUUCUCAUGUUUGUGAUGAAAACGCGCUUUAUUGGGCCGUCAGAUCUCGCUCGGAUCCUACAAGUGAGUCGAUAGAGAGAAGUUCCUGCCGCAUUCGUCGGGUUCGUGUUGGGAAUCGGGUGCACGGGGAUUGCGCGGCGCUAGCUAGUUAGCUUGGGAACUAUAGGAACUGCAAUGGAGCCCAAGCACAAAGAGUUACUACACCAGUGCCACCAGAACUUACUGGAGUCCAUCACGGAUCCGGACCCGCUCAUAGAGCUGCUGGGGAGAUCGGGAACCCUCAGCGAUCUGGAGGCGCUCGAGCUGGACCAGAACUGCUCCUCGAGCGCUGAGAAAGUGGAGCAGCUCCUGAAGAUGCUCAUGAACAAGCAGACCGACCAUUUCCUGGAGCUGUGUGUGGCCCUGGAGAAGACAUACCCUCACCUGUACUCCGCGAUCUUCACUAACGGUGGGGGACCUGCAGAACACUCCGGGUCCACAUACAGCGUGCUGUCCACGAUGCCAUCAGACUCCGAGAGCAGCAGUUCCCUCAGCAGUGUCGGUACCAAAGCCUCGUCACCUCCACCUGCGCUCGGUUCAUCACCUCCACCUUUGCUCGGUGACACCCGGCCGGCCAGCGAGAACCUGGACACCAUCCUGUUCCAGCUGAGGCAAGUCACCAGGGAACGGGAUGAACUCCGCAAACGAUUGGCUCUCGCAUCACCUGGCACCACCUUCGAUGACUGCAGGCCAAAUUCCAAACCUGGUCAUGACUACGAGCGUCUGAAAACGCAGUGCAUGAAGGCCAUGGCAGACCUGCAGUCUCUGCAGAACCAGCACACCAAGACUCUGAAGAGGUGUGAGGAGACCGUGAAGGAAGCCGACUAUUACCACAUGCAGCACAGUCGACUCCUCAGCGAUCAGUCUCAGCUCAAGGAAGAGAUGGAGGUUCUGAAGAGGGAGAACGCUAAGCUGGUUCGGGAACACAACCAUCUGAAGCAGAGCUGCGAGGAGCUCCGGAGGCUUCACUCUGAAGAUCAGCGCGAGGUGGCCGACAUGAGGCUUCAGCAGCAGCAGGUAAUUCGAGAGAACGGCUCAUCUGAGGUGUUGAAUAAACUCUAUGACACAGCCAUGGACAAGCUGGAGGGUGUGAGGAAAGAAUACGACGCCUUGAGCAAACGGUACAGCGAGAAAGUGGCCAGUCACAACACAGAUCUGAGCCGACUGGAGCAGGUGGAGGAGGAGAACAGACGCUUGCAGAAACAAAUAGAUGCUUUGCUGAAACAGCGCGACACAGCCAUCCAGUACCAACAACAGUGGACCACAUCUAUGAGACGGUUUGACACCGUGCAGCAGGAGCUGAGUAAAGCCUCAGCCCAAAACAAAGAGCUACAGAGGGAGAUGGAGAGACUCCAGUCGGAGGUGACGCGCUACAAGAACUUCCAGCUGAAAGCUGUGAAGGAUGCUGAGAAGUUUAAAGAGGAGCGAGAUUCUGUGUUUAAUGAAUACAGACUGAUCAUGAGUGAGCGGGACCAGGUGAUUAAAGAGGUGGACAAACUACAGACGGAGCUGGAAGCUGCAGAGGCCCGACUCAAAAACACUUCAUCAGAGAGGAUGGUGGCCAGUGAGGAGCUGGAGGCGCUCAGACAGGAGCUAAAUUCAUCGCUGGUGGAUCGGGACCGUGCCAUCUGUGAGAGGAACGAGCUGCUGGAAAAAUACUGCCAUGAGGUGAAGGACAAAGCGGAGGCACAGAAAGAGCUGAGUCAGGCCUGUAAAGACAUCGAGACCGUGCGGGAGGAGAGAGAUGUGGCCAGGAAAGAGAGAACCGAAGCCAUCAUCCAGAGAGACCAGUUACUGCGGGAAUACUAUCAGGCCAGACAGAAACAAGACUCGGCCACGCUGGACAUGGAGCGUGCCAAUAAAGAGAUUGAGGUAUUGAGGAAGCAGUGUGAGGCCAUGUCCCAGGAGCUGAAAGAGGCUGUGCAGGAGGCCGAAGUGGCCAAGUGUCGCAGAGAUUGGGCCUUUCAAGAGAGAGACAAGAUUGUUGCAGAGAGAGAGAGCAUACGGACGUUGUGUGAUAACCUACGUAGGGAGAGAGACCGGGCCGUCAGUGAUCUGGCCGAUGCCCUGCGUAACCUUGACGACAUGAGGAAGCAGAGGAAUGAUGUGGCCAGGGAGCUGAAAGAGCUCAAGGAGAAGAUGGAGAGCCAGUUGGAGAAGGAGGCGAGAUUUUGCCAGCUGAUGGCUCACAGCUCCCAUGAUUCAGCCAUAGACACGGAUUCACUGGAGUGGGAGACGGAAGUGGUGGAGUUUGAGAAGGACAGGGAUGACAUGGAUUUGAAGGCCCUGGGCUUUGACAUUGCAGAAGGGGUAAAUGAUCCAUAUUUACCAGGAGAUUGUGGGAUAUUUGUGACCAGGGUGGACAAAGGAAGUAUCGCGGAUGGGAGAUUGAGGGUGAAUGAUUGGCUCCUGAAGAUAAAUGAUGUGGACCUGACUAACAAAGACAGGAAGCAGGUCAUCAAAGCCGUUGUUAAUGGAGGAGGCCUGAUCAAUAUGGUGGUUCGCAGGAGGAAAUCUUUAGGAGGAAGACUGGUUACUCCUGUCCACAUUAAUCUUAUCGGACACAAAGACGCCGGUAUCACCCUAGAGGGUGGUGUGUAUGUGGCGGCUAUUGCGCCGGGCAGCCCGGCUGCCAGAGAGGGAUCUCUUACCGUGGGAGACCGCCUCAUUGCCAUAAAUGGGAUCGCUCUGGAUAACAAAUCUCUGAGUGAAUGUGAGGCGCUUCUGAGGGGCAGCAGGGACUCGCUCAGUCUGUCGCUCAUGAAGUUCUUUCCCCAGAGCACAUCAGGGCAGAACAUCUUUGAGAGCCUGAGAGAGGCUGAAAAAUCCAACGGUAGAAUCCACCUGACAGACAUCCAUUCAAGGAACAGUAGGAACCUCCGACACAACAGCUCCACUCAGACAGACAUUUACAGCGGGGAAGCUGGAGGAGGCGAGAGAAGAAGGACGAGGACGGACACCGAUGAGAACAGUUACCACGAGAGAAAGGUUUUCUCUGUGGCCACCCUGCACCCCAACACCCUGCGCCCGGCAUCUGAGCUGGGGCUGUCCCGUUACAGCGGCAGUGCCUUUCAAGAGGUCUGCUUCAACCGAUCCGUGUCCGUCGGUCCCGAAUGCGUUACCCUGGAGACCACCCUGGAGAAGAAGCACAGCGGCGGCACUUGGCCUAAAAUGGUGGUGGGCGUUGCCAUGACAACCGACAACCCGGCGCAGCUUUCCAUCUACAGGUCACCCAAGCAGAGGAAGUCCAUCUUUGACGGUGAUGCUUUUAAAAGGCCAGACGCUACCUCAAAGACAGAUUACCUCUCCGGCCAUUCUCCACAGGGCUCGAAAGUCGACUCGGCCCCAACGCCGCCCACACGCAGCGAUUCCUUCAAGUUCAAGCACAAACAUCAGGGUAGCUCCACCUCCGAGUCCACCAUCACUGCGAUCUCUGUCCACGACCCCAAGCAGGAGGACCGGAACGGUAAUCUCUACUUUACGGAGACAUUGCGUGAGGGCAAGGUCUUAAGCUCUAGGAAGUCCUGCGAGGAGGAUAUCGGCCGGAUGCGACCGGAGGAACCGGAGGUGAAGCGGCCCAGGCCUAAAUCUGCACCAGCGCUUAGACACAGAAUGACACCUCAGGCCAUUCCUCUCCAGAGCUUCCAGAGUUAUUCUCAUGAAGGGGACUCGAUGGAGCAGAAAGAGAUGCUACGUUCCUCUCCUAACCGACCUCACAGACACAGCGUGGGUUUUGUGCCCACAGCCUAUAACGGAACCCUGCCUCCCAACUCGGCACACCGAGGACUAUCCCCCUGUUCCGCCGUAACAGCCGUUAUGAAGAACCCUGUUUACAUGGUCCGGAGCCACAGAGUUCACACUAACAACUCCCCUACAGUCAACAGCCAAAUCAAUCAACAGCACACACACCCGAGUCCUCAGCAUCAAGGUCAUCUGAGUCUGGACCUGAGCCAGAAACGCUCCACAGACUACACGGAGUCAUCCCGAAGCAGCCGGGCCUCACACGGCACCAACUCACUGCCGUCCAGCGCCAGACUCGGUUCUUCAAAUAACUUGCAAUAUCGCACUGAAAGGAUAAAGAUCCCCUCCACACCACGCUAUCCUCGCUCAGUACUGGGCUCGGACAGAGGGUCGCUGUCUCAUUCAGAAUGCAGCAGUCCCAGUCUCAUCACUCCACCCAUGUCACCUCUUAACCUGGAGACAUCAUCCUUUACCUCCAGCCAGUCUCAAAGCUCCAUCACCACCCUGCCCAGGAUCUCCGUCAGCCCUGUGCCCGCGGGAGAACGAAGAAAAGACAGGCCAUCCCUGGAGGAGCCACGCAAUGUCAUCGUUCAUAAAGGGGCGGAGCCUCUCGGCAUCUCCAUUGUGAGUGGAGAGAAAGGGGGAAUCUUUGUCUCCAAGGUGACCGGAGGAAGCAUUGCACACCAGGCGGGACUGGAGUAUGGAGACCAGCUUUUGGAGUAUAAUGGCAUAAACCUGCGGAACGCCACCGAGCAGCAGGCUCGCCUCAUCAUUGGCCAGCAGUGCGACACCAUCACGAUCAUGGCCCAGUACAACCCCCACAUGUACCAACUGGGUAACCACUCUCACUCCAGCUCACGCUUGGAGCCAGUAAGCGUUCAGUCGACUCCUCAAGGCAGUGGAGCCGCCACCCCAGAUAACCACUCCACCAUAGACACCCUAAGCGAACAGGAUGAAGGCACGCUCACGCCCUCCUCCAAACAGACCACACCCACCACCAGCCCCCAGAGAUUCCUCAGAAUGUCAUCCGAGAGCUCUAAGAAACUCCCAGAGCCUCGGCUGGUAACGGUGAGGAAAGCUCAGGCUGAGCUGGGGAUUCAGUUGUGUGGAGGGAACCUGCGGGGGAUCUUUGUGGAAAGGCUUGAAGAGGACAGUCCUGCCAGAGGCGCAGAUGGUCUUAUGCUUGGAGACUUUAUCCUAGAGUAUGGUUCUGUGAAUAUGAAGAACAAGACGGUUGAAGAAGCCUAUCUAGAAAUGCUAAAGCCAGCAGAAACGGUCACGUUUCGAGUCCAGCCUCGUCCAGAGGAAUUCAACCAGGUGAAAGACACUCCUGGAGAUGGAUUCUAUAUCAGAGCACUUUAUGACCGAGUUGCUGAGACUGAGCUCGACCUCUCUUUUAAGAAAGACGACAUCCUUUAUGUCGACGACACACUACCGAACGGCAACUUCGGUACUUGGAUGGCCUGGCAACUUGACGAAAACGCACAGAAGAUUCAGAGAGGGCAGAUUCCUAGCAAAUAUAUGAUGGACCAGGAAUUUUACCGCAGGCACAGUAUGACUGAACUGAAGGACGAGACCGGCUCCAGCAAGACGAUCUCCGCAGCCGCGCGAAGAUCUUUCUUCCGCAGGAAACAGAAGCACAAACGCAGCAGCUCCAAAGAUGGCAAAGACAUGGUCGCCUUGGACGCCAUCAGCACAGACUCUCUUCCAUUCUUUGAUGACUGUGUGAGUCUGGCCUAUCAGAGAGUGCAGAAGAUCGACUGCACGUCGCCAAGACCCGUGCUGGUCCUGGGACCGCUGGUGGAUGCUGUCAAAGAUAUGCUGGUCAAGGAAUCACCGGGGAAAUUCAGCAGAUGUGUGCUUGAGGUGAUGAAAGCUUCUCAGCAGGCCAUCGAGCGGGGCGUGAAAGACUUUCUCUUCAUCGACUACAAACGGAGGAGCGGCCAUUUUGAUGUCACUACUGUUGCCUCGAUCAAGGAGAUCACAGAAAAGGAUUGUCACUGUUUGCUUGACAUUGCGCCUCACGCUAUAGAGCGGCUUCACAGCGUUCACAUUUACCCAAUCGUCAUUUUCAUACGCUACAAAAAUGCAAAGCAGAUCAAAGAACAGAAGGAUCCGGUUUAUCUGCGGGAUAAAGUCUCUCAAAAACAUUCCAAGGAGCAGUUUGAGAUUGCACAGAAGAUUGAGCAGGAAUAUAGUAAAUUCUUCACAGGUAUCGUUCAAGGAGGCACCUUGCCCUACAUUUGCACUCAGAUAGUGACUAUUGUGGAUCAGGAACAGAAUAAAGUUUUAUGGACGCCGCUGGGCUCUCCGUAGUGGGUCUGAGACGGUCCCUUCUGUGUACUGCCUCUCACCCGAACUUACAAACACUAGACUUUAUACACGCCACACGCAAAGGUACACUAACACAACAAGCGUCACGAUAAGAUAGUGAUUUUCUUUUUCAAUAUUCAUUUUUAUUACAAUAUAAAUUGUAACACUCUCUUUGUAUAUAUGUGCGCCUGUAUGUAUGAGUGCGUGUGAAUGUGUGCGCUUGCUCGCAUGUGUGUAUGAACGAUAUAGCGCUGAAGUAUUUGUUAGUUUUCUUUGGUCUUCCUGAUGGACGUAUAAUGUUUAGCAAUGCUGCAUUUAAGACACCCGUUUACAGAGCAGUGAGUCGGUGAUGUGUUGAUUGUCUGUCCGAAUGUGUACUCUCCCUAAUGAAGUCCAGGCCCCCUGCCCUAAAAACGCCCCCUUAUUCAGUUUAACCAAAACUGUAUGCGUGUCAGCCUCCCACGUUUUGCCAUAUCAGCUCAAGGACUCCUGUUUAAGAGUAAUCUGUGGAGAUGUUUAUAUGUCAGUAAUUGUGGAUUUGAAUCGUAUUGCUUAUGUAUCGAGUUGAGAUGGACAGCAGCUAAGCGGUUUUUACGGGCCAAAUGGGAAGUGCCUUUGGAGCUACACCGAGCGUAUGACAAUGGCAUGAGGUUAAAAGUCUGGUAUUUAAAAAGUUUAACUUGUCAGAUUGCACUCCAGGGCUAGACAGACCACUGUGUUCUAUGAGAUCUCUUAGCAUUCUCAUAGCAGAGCAUAUAUUUAAUGAGAAUAUCCGAUGUAACACUUGUACUCGUGCAUACGAACUGAAGUACAGGCACACGCUUACGUGUAUGUAUGCAAUUUCAUCGAAAUAUAUAGAAAUAUAUUUACUGUAUUUUUACUAGGCUCGUAAGCCUAGGGGAGUGUGACAUAGCAGUCAUGUCUUAGCAAAAAAUAGCGUGCAAGUGUGUGUGUGUGUGUGAGAGAGGGAAUGCAUGUUGUUGUUUUUUGCGUAUGUCGGUCAGUCACUUUUAUAUGUAAUAUCCACUAAUAAACAUCAUAAAGUGCUAUGAUGUAAACCUGAAACUGUUAAAUGUUAGUGGUUUUUCAUUUGCUAUUUAAUUUCUUUACUCUUGUUUUUAUUAAAGAGGCAAGUUAUGUCUCUAAUGCAGACCAGUAGCCUGACCAUUAAUGUUGUGCCAAAAAAUCCAGUCAUUUUCUUUUCAUUUUUUGCACUUCAACACUAUGAACCCUUAACCAAUGACUGUUUGUAGGUUCCAAUAUAGUAUGGAAAUAGGUACUAUAAUUUUUAAGCUAGAUGUAUUGUUCCUUUGUGUAUCGCUCCUGCUCCACACAUUUCAUUCAUUGCCUUUUUCUUUUUAAAAGAGAAACACUACAUGGUGUCAUUUAAAAAGGGAUUUGUUUUGCACAGUUUUGUUUAUCAAAGCAAGAUCAGUCCACAUGUUAACCAUUGGGUUGAAAUUAGACAUUUUUGUUAAGUGAAUCUAAUGUCUAACUAUUUUUCUGAAUAGCUAGUGUACGGUUCAAAUGAGAGGGAUCCAUCUCAACAUGAUUAAGUAUAUAGAAAAUAUUAGAAGACAGGUACUGUUAUUUUCUUUUAUUUUAAAAGAAUGUGAUUUGUAUGAAAAUGUUCACGACAUUAAUCCGAGAAUAAAAGUCAUUUUCUGUAUCAAGCAAUGUCAUUAAAUG